UACAUCAUCGUAAUGCGACGCACAGAGGAAGGACCCACGCGAAUGUGCACGCUGAAGCUAUGAAGCUCAUUUAAACGGUGUUUGUCACGGGAGCACGAAUAUAAUAAACAUUUUUUAAAUGCAAUAAAAGCCUCUAAAUAUUGCAUUUUUAGAUUAGCGAGUCGCGUAACGUUACAUUGAAGAGCGGGGCGCACAAACGGCACUGAAGAUGUCUGUAACCGAAAUGUUUAGCUACAUCCAAGGCUUUUUGAGCGCCGACCAAGAUAUUCGAGAGGACAUACGAAAAGUUGUGCAAAUUCUCGAGCAGACGGCGAGAGAGAUUCUGACAGUUCUCCAAAGUGUCCAUCAACCAAGUGGAUUUAAAGACAUUCCCAGCAAGUGUCAGAAGGCCAGAGAGCUGUUCUGCACUGUGAGAACUAAAACUGGAGAGCUGAAAACCAAGUUCCCUGCUGAACAGUACUAUCGGUACCAUGAACAUUGGAGAUUUGUUCUUCAGCGGCUUACCUUCCUUGCAGCUUUUGUGGUAUACUUGGAAACAGAGUCCUUGGUUACACGUGAAGAAGUGGCAAAAAUACUUGAUAUUGAAGUGGACAGAGAAAAGGGAUUUCAUUUGGAUAUUGAAGACUAUCUAGCUGGAGUUCUUAUUAUGGCCAGUGAGCUGUCCAGGCUGGCAGUGAACAGUGUGACAGCGGGAGACUACGGACGGCCACUUCGUAUCUCCAAUUUCAUCAAUGAACUGGACUCUGGCUUUCGCCUACUUAACUUAAAAAACGACCCUCUGCGCAAGCGCUACGACGGCCUCAAGUAUGAUGUGAAAAAGAUUGAGGAAGUGGUCUAUGACCUUUCCAUCCGAGGCCUUGCCAAGGAGCAGGAGACGGGGGGAGACAAGUAGAGCCAGUAGGGGAACGCAGGAGGCAGCGGGGCGCCACCCUGGCUGGGAUUCUCCAUGACAGGUGAUCGGAGGAAGAGGGGAGGGAAUGGAGGUUUUGAAGUCCUAGCAGCCUUGGACAGUGGUUUGCCAUUUUUAAGCCACUUGUCCACUGUGAUGGAGAGCCGUUCGGGUUUGAGUGGAGAGAUGUUCACCUUCUCACUACUGUUGAUGUAUAGAUGCGUUAUGUUUGGUUGUGUUGUUUUAUUGUUCUUAGUGUUCUGGAUCAUUGUGAAUCAUUGUCAAACAGUCAAACAAAAAGGAAUAUUAAGGGAUUUAGUGAAGAAUUUAUUCUGUUGAAUUUGGUUAGGAUUAUUGAAUUUUUGCAUCUGUUUGUUGCUUUCUGGACAGAAAUGAAGACAGCUCCAUGUUUAUUCUGAUGGAUGUUUUUUGAAGAGUGUUCAGCCUACAACAUUGCUCUUUUUUAAUUGUAACCAUGACUGAAAACAAUUGUUAAUUUUGCACAUGCCUACAUUAAGAUAAAAUUGAUAAAUGUGCCAAAAUGUUGAUGUUUAAGUUCUCGCUGUGCAUGUUUGACCACUUGCCCUUUAACUUUCAUUUGUCAUUUCAUGUACCCUCUAAUUUUGUUCCUGCUGUUUGUUAAAUGGUGACGGAUGGUUUUGCAUGCUUUACACAACAUGUAGAUAGUCUCAUCGAUAAGAGCUUUAAACACAAUUAUUUCCAAUCAAAUGAUUCAAAAGCAAAUUGUCAGUACUGUUUAAAAUCUUUGGCUUUAUACAUUGCUCUUUUUGUGGAUUCAUUUGUUUAUCUGCUUUUGUUUGUGCAUUUAUAUUCAAAGUAUCACCUUUAAACUGUUCUAUGUAAAUGUUAGCAAUAAUGCUUUGUAUACUUUGUUUCUCUUUGAAGAUUUCUUACAUUUAUGGAGUAUUUGAAAGUGAAAUCAUUUGUUCAUCUGGUACAGUAGUUCAGCCUUCACUCUUCAGUGGAUAACACAUUUU